AUAUUACUCGAAGAGUGAAGGGGCGGGGCUAAAAAUCAAAAGCAAAAAGCGCGGCCCGAGCGCUGGGGGGAACGACUGUCUUGUCAGGCCAAUUCACUCCUCCUUUUCACGGGGUCUCUGCUGCUAUGGACAUCACGGCCAAUCUGAAGUCCUUGCUGCUGGCCAUCAGUCAGUACAGGGCAGUCAAGUCUGAGGCAAACACAAGCCAGCUGCUGCGGCAUUUGGAGGUCAUUUCUGGACAGAAACUUACACGAUGGUUUACAUCAAACCAGAUACUGCCAAGUGAAUGCCUGAGCUGUCUUGUGGAACUUCUUGAAGACCCAAAUUUAAGCACUUCACUAACUUUAAGCAUCAUAAAUCUGUUAUCUCAACUAACUCUAGAUAGUGAUAUGAGAGAUUGGCUCCAGAAUACUUAUAAUCUGAAUAGCGUCUUGGCGGGAGUGAUAUAUCGGAGCAGCACUGUCCACAAUGACUCAGUAUCAUUGCAGGGCCUUCAACUUCUACAGAAGUUGACCUACAAUGUCAAAGUCUUCCAUUCUGGUGCUAAUUUUGAUGAAUUAAUUACAUUCCUAAUAAGUCAUAUUCAGUCUCCUGAAGAUGAAUUAACAAUGUCUUGUCUAGGACUUUUGGCAAAUCUUUGUCGGCACAACCUAUCUGUUCAAACCCACAUAAAGUCCUUGAGUAAUGUAAAGGCAUUGUAUCGUACUCUCAUAAGCUUCUUAGCCCACAGUAGUUUAACUGUGGUUGUGUUUGCACUCUCGAUAUUAUCAAGUCUAACAUUAAAUGAAGAGGUUGGAGAAAAGCUAUUCCAUUCGCGAAACAUUCAUCAGACUUUUCAAUUAAUAUUUAAUAUUCUUGUAAAUGGUGAUGGUACAUUAACCAGAAAGUAUUCAGUUGAUCUUCUGAUGGAUCUUCUCAAGAACCCUAAAAUCGCAGAUUGUCUCACCAGAUAUGAGCACUUCAACUCAUGCCUUAAUCAAGUACUAGGUCUUCUUCAUGGGAAAGAUCCUGAUUCUUCUUCAAAGGUUUUAGAAUUACUUCUUGCCUUCUGUUCAGUGACACAGUUACGCCAUGUCCUCAGUCAAGUGGUAUUCGAAUCAUCUGCUUCUGGUAACACAAGACUGGGAAACCAUCCUAAAUCUUUAGAGCCAACAGUUGCUCUGUUGCGUUGGUCAAGCCAACCCCUGGAAGGAUCAGAAAACUGUUCUAUUCUAGCACUAGAAUUAUUCAAGGAAAUAUUUGAGGAUGUCAUAGAUUCUGCCAACUGUGCUUCUACUGAUCGUUUUCUGGUCCUACUGCUACCCAGCAUUCUCGAUCAACUUCAAUUCACAGAACAGAAUCUUGAUGACCAACUGACAAGGAAAAAAUGUGAAAGAAUGGCUAAGGCCAUUGAUGUUUUGUUGACUUUGUGUGGAGAUGAUACAUUAAAAAUGCAUAUUGCUAAACUUUUGACGACCCUCAGAUGUACAACUCUAAUAGAGCAACAGUUUUCAUGUAGCAAGAUUGACAUAGAAUUUGGAACAAAGGUAGCAGAUUCUGAACUUUGCAAACUUGCUGCAGAUGUCAUUUUGAAAACACUUGAACUUAUGAGUAGACUUAAACAAUUGAUUCCUGGCAUGGAAGUCACUUUCUACAAAGUGCUUCAGGAUCAGCGUUUGGUUACUCCUUUAGCUUUUGCCUUAACAUCAGAGAACAGGGAACAAGUACAGUGUGGACUUGGACUGUUGCUGGAAGCUGCACCAUUACCUGACUUUCCUGCCAUAGUCCUUGGUGAAAGUAUUGCAGCAAACAAUGCAUAUAGACAUCAGGAAGCAGAGUAUAUGCCCAAAAGAAUUCAUUUACAGUCAGUGACUCCAACUCUUUCAACAUCUCUAAAGGGCUCAACUUCUCACCUUUCAAAUGAUAGCUUCCCUUGUUUAAAUAUUCAGGAGCUAAUACAGAAACUUCAGACUGGAAUGGAGAUGAAGGAUCAGAUAUCUGAUGUAAGAAUAUCUGACAUAAUGGAUGUCUAUGAAAUGAAAUUGUCUACAUUAGCAUCCAAAGAAAGUAGGUUACAGGAUCUUUUGGAAGCGAAAGCAUUAGCCCUUGCACAGGCCGAUAGACUGAUUGCUCAGUACCGUUGUCAAAGAACCCAGGCUGAAUCAGAGGCAAGGACUCUUGCUUCUAUGUUGAGAGAAGUUGAGAGAAAAAAUGAAGAGCUUGGUGUGUUACUGAAAUCUCAGCAAGUUGAAUCAGAACGGGUUCAGAGUGAUAUUGAGCAUCUCUUUCAACAUAAUAGGAAAUUACAGUCUGUGGCUGAAGAACAUGAAGUGCUGAAAAAAUCCUAUAUGGAACUUAUUCAGAGGAGUGAAGCUUUGGAAAGGAAGAGUAAAGAUUUACAGAUCACAUGUGAUUCUCUAAACAAACAAAUUGAGACAGUGAAAAAAUUGAAUGAAUCACUCAAACAACAAAAUGACAGAACUAUUGCUCAAUUAAUGGAAACAGAAGAGCAAAGAAAAGAAAUACAGAAUCAGCUAGUGGAGAGAGAAUGUGUAAUAGCAAACUUAGAACAAAAAACAAAAGUACAUGAGGACAAAUUGAGAGCUCUGCAGAAAGAAAGAGAAGAUAUGGAAGAAACUAUUGAAUUUCUGAAAAAAGAAUUAAAUAGAACAGAGCAGACAAGAAAAGAGUUAAGCAUUAAGGCUUCCUCCCUGGAAGUUCAAAAGGCACAACUAGAAAGUCGUUUGGAAGAGAGAGAGACUCUGGUAAAACAGCAACAAGAGGAGCUGAACAAGCAUUCUCACAUGAUAGCGAUGAUCCACAGUUUGAGCGGUGGGAAAAUGAGUCCAGAGACAGUCAACCUCAGCCUCUAAAGCUUUGGCUGAAAACGUGUGGUCUCGUGUGUGUGUGUGUGUGUGUGUGUGUGUGUGUGUGUGUGUGUGUGUGUGUGUAUGUAUGCAUGGGUGUAUGUGUGUAUUUAUCUCUUGUCCCCCCAAAAGGUCAGUAAUGACUUUAAAAUGACAAGGAAAAUCAUUAACUAUUUUCAGUCUAGUAAAGAACCUGACAUGAUUCAUGUGUAUAAUAUUUGACCUUUUGAAUGGAACAAAUUAAAAUACUUCUCAGAUGAUUCUAUUCUGAUCAAACUGAGAGGCAGCGUGACAUAGUGGAUAGAGGAUUAGCCUUGGAGUUGGGAAGACCUGAGUUCAAGUUUUGCCCUUGACUCAGGGCAAGUUACCUAACCUCUCAGGGCCUUCCCUUAGAUCAAAGAUUAUAAAUCUUAGACAAGUUGCUGAUGUACAACAACUUUCCAGAAACAGACCUGGAGCAAACAAACAAAUUGGUUGACCUUUUGGAUGCAGUAACUGAUGUUUUGACUCAGGGAACUUUUAUCUUCUUCCCUUUCUACAUUAAAAAAAUAGAUUGUUCUUAAUGCAAUUUAAACAUACAUUUUAAUGUCUAUUCAAAAUAAAUUUAAAAUAUCUUAAAAAUUUAACCAAAUUAAAUGCAUUUGAACAGUUCAUAAAUUAUAAAAUGUUGUCCUAGAAACAAGUAUUUUAAAAUAUAAGGAUUAUUUUUGUAUAUAUAAAUAGACACAUAUGCACAUAUAUGUACAGUUUUACAAUUUAUAGGCAUCGACAUCCACAAGAUACUUUGAAAAAUAAUCAUUCUAUAUAUGUAUGCUUUAUUGUCCUUGGUAAAUACAUAUAGCUAUUUUAAUUAUAUAUUUUUUAUUUAUUACACAAAAAUAAAAUAGAAUCAUUCUUGACCAAGGUUUUGCCUAAGGUAUAGGUGCAAAAGAAGCCCAAGGCAUAAAGAAGAAUCAAUCAUUGACCUUUCCCAGAAUUUAAAGGAUUAUCUAGCCCAAUACCCUCCACUACCCUGGGUUUAAUUCUUAUGAUAUACUUUUAAUUCUUAAACUCAUUACUAUUUUCCCCUAGUUUUUCCCAUUAUAGAUAUAUAUCUAAACCAUAUGAGACAUUUGGUAGUUUCUUAUUUCUUUAAAUUUUCAGGAGCAGUCACCACAUCUUUUGGUUUGGUAGGCUAUAAGUCUAGGUGCCACAAUUUCAGCCCAUUUUCUUCUAGUUGUCUUUUCAUUAGGUGGAAGUAAACUUUUAAUAGAUGUAAUAUUAGUCAUGUCUUAUCUUUCUGUCUUUCUUAUUUAUCUAUCCUUUGUUAGGAUCCUCUGUUUUAUUUUGUUUUUUCCAAAUAGACCCCUCCAGCCCCCUUAAAAAACAAAAAUCUAAACAUGUGUUGUUUUUGUGUUACGAUUUUUGGUUAAUUCUAGAUCUAAAGGUGGCAUCAGCCAAGCCAAACAUUGGUUUUAGCUGAAAACUGUUUUGUUUUUAAAGCUCAGAUUUCAUUUUGUAAAUAUUUUACUAUUUUUAAUAUUUUGAGCAAAUAGUCAAAAAUGAUAUUUUAACUAAAGUUUCUUGUUGUAUCUCUUUACUAAUAACUAUGAAUUCUUGUACGUUUUCAAUGGUUACUUGAAAAGUAUGCAAAAAAUAUUAGCGGAUUAUCAUGGCCCAAAUGGUUUCAAAAGUGUUUCCUGACAAAACAAAAAACAAAAGACAAACCUCACUAAUGACUUCCUUGUUAAUAUUUGAACUAAUAUCAACACAACUCCCUUUACCUUCUAAUAAUUUAGUCAGUGUUAAAGCAACUUUAUUUUGGUCUUUAACGAAUGAGUUUUUAUUUUACAUGAUACUAUUUCUUUGUUGGACUUCUGACUCCUAUUCUUUUGGUAUGUGUGUUAGAAGUCAAGAAGUACCCAUUAAAGACAUUAUAACAAGGAAGAGUAAUGAUUGAAUUUAUGCCUUAUAAUUCUAUUUGCUUGACUAUCAUGAAGGCUCAUUAUAUUUUUAGAAAACAGGUUCUGUCUUUGUUAGAAGCCCUAUAAAAAAACAGAAGGUAACUAAUAAACCCAGAAGGCUAAUAGGAGAACUCAAGUGGAUAGAUGUAGUUUCUACUUAGAGAACUCCCUAAAUACCCAACCAUGGUCUCUGGGUAUUCUAACCCCCUGUUAGUGAGAGUAAAGCAGAAUCACUUUCUCUCAUUGAGUUUGUUGCGCAAAACACCUUGGAGACAAUGUUAUAUAAAAUCAGUAUUUCUGUAUUCAAAGAGAGGGUACAAACUGAGGAUCAGAACAAGGUGUCCCUUACUCUAAGGGAUCUAGCUAUCCAAUCCACUACAAUCUACAUCCCUCACAAGAGGGAGUCUUCUGUUCUUCAAGCUCAUCUACCAGCUCCCUAUUUUUACCUAGGUGUUCCCCAAAAAGAGCUGGCUAAGCUGCCUAUCUAUGACCCUCAGUAGUUGGUAUGAUUGUGUUCAAAAGCUGUCUCCAUAACCCAUUAUGAUUGCUCUCAAAAUGGCUAAGUCCACUCCAGUGGGUCUGACCCCUGAGGUAAAACCUCAAAGCCAAACUGACAGGACUUUAGACAAAAAUUUCUGGAAAGUUAAUAAAAACGCAGUAGGUAUAGUCAGAUCCUUUGCCAAACAGAACCUCCCCAGAUGAUUUUAGGGUUUUUCCUUCUCCACAGACAGGCUGAAGUAGCCAAGCUCUGACAAGCCAGCCUUUCCUCCUCCCUUCAAAACAGGAAGAGCACCUUCCCUUCCAUAGGACGUCACUCACUAAUGGUUGUCGCUUCCAAACUGUUCCUCCUCUGCCCCCUGCCUGUUACAAUCCUUUCUCUAGAGUUCCUAGCAUGUACCUUAAAGAUAACCUUCCACUUCUCUUAAAUCUUAUCCAUAUCUCUAUCCUUUUCCCAUUACUUUUCCUUCCUCUGAUCACUUGAGUAAAUUUGUGGAAGACAAAUUCUCAUAUGAUAAUUAGUAAAUAUAUAAAUCCUCCUUAUUGUAAACUUAUUAUACUUACCCAAAAUAACAAACAGACAGUCCUAUUCUAAGCUUAUCUAUCUUUCGUACUUAUAUUCACUACCUUAAUCUAGGGAUAUAAUAUAGGGAAAAAAGGGAAAUAGAGAGUUAUAAUAAACCUUUUUACAGAAAACAGAAACAAAAUGCAAACAUUUGCAAAAAAAAACAACCAAUAGUAGAUAAUUCAAAAUACUAAAUUCUAAAGAAUAAAAUCCCAAAAAUGCAACUUUUACAAAAAUAGUUGUUACAAAGAAUAUUUUGUCAUUUUAAAACUAAUACAGAAAACCAAAUUUGCCUAAAAAUCUUAUACUAAUCUAGCAUAAUUGCAAAGAGGAAAUUCCAACAAACUCAAUGUAGCUUAUGCUUUUACAAAAACAAUAUCUAUCUAAUUAUGCAAAAAAAUUAUUCCAAAACUUGUGCAAAAAAACUUAUACAUCUAAAAAUCUUGUUUGAACAAUUCAAAUUUUCUCUAUGCUAAGCCUUAUCCUAGUACAGAAAACAAAAUUGAUUACAGAUAACUUAAAACUGAGUUUACUAUCUUCAAAAUCUAAAUUUUUUUAUAACAUUAUAACUGAACAUAGCUAAUUUACAGAAAUCUGUACAUAUGUAUAUCUGUGCACAAAUGACUUCCUGUACAAAUCUACAAAUAUAUACAGAACUAAUAAAAAAAUUUAAGUCUUGCAACUUUGUAACUAUUCACAAUGUAAUAUAUAGAACCUGUACAUUAGUUACAUUUUUACACAUUUUGCUAUUUUAUGUAUGCUGAAUAAAGAAAAACAAAUCCUUUCUUUGA